UCCCCGCAGCGCGAUGGCGGCAGGGCGGGACAGGGCUGUGCGCCUCCUGCGGCAGCUGCAGCGGGCGGCAUGUCGGUGCCCGACUCACAGCCACACUUAUUCCCAAGUUCCUGAACGGGCUACCCUGAGAAAUACAGACUAUGCAUUUGAGAUGGCCAUUUCAAACAUCCGAUAUGGAGAAGGAGUCACUAAAGAGAUUGGCAUGGACCUGCAGAAUCUGGGGGCUAAAAGAGUUUGCUUGAUGACAGAUAGAAACCUCUCCCAACUCCCUCCUGUAGAUGCAGUGUUGAAUUCCUUGACAACAUCUGGUAUAAACUUUCAGAUAUAUGAUAACGUCCGGGUGGAGCCAACAGACCAGAGUUUCCUGGAUGCCAUCGAAUUUGCUAAAAAGGGGGAAUUUGAUGCCUAUGUUGCCGUUGGAGGUGGGUCUGUGAUAGAUACCUGUAAGGCUGCCAACCUGUAUGCCUCCAGCCCUACGUCAGACUUCUUGGAUUAUGUCAACGCUCCUAUAGGGAAGGGAAAGGCUGUCACUGUGCCCCUUAAGCCACUCAUUGCAGUGCCAACAACAGCUGGAACUGGAAGUGAAACCACUGGUGUUGCCAUUUUUGACUUCAAAGAGCUUAAAGUAAAAACUGGUAUUGCUUCAAGAGCCAUCAAGCCAACACUGGGCAUCAUUGAUCCUUUGCACACACUGUCUAUGCCUGAGCGAAUAGUGGCCAACAGUGGCUUUGAUGUGCUUUGCCAUGCUCUUGAGUCAUACACCGCUCUUCCAUACAAGAUGCGCAGUCCCUGCCCUUCAAAUCCAAUCAACAGACCAGCUUACCAAGGCAGCAACCCCAUCAGUGAUGUCUGGGCUCUUCAUGCUCUACGCAUUGUAGCUAAAUAUUUGAAAAGAGCCAUCAGAAACCCUGAAGAUCGUGAAGCAAGAGCCAACAUGCACCUUGCAAGUGCUUUUGCUGGUAUUGGCUUUGGCAACGCUGGUGUUCAUCUCUGCCAUGGAAUGUCUUACCCUAUUUCUGGUUUGGUGAAAACUUAUAAACCAAAGGAUUAUAAUGUGGAUCACUCUUUAGUGCCACAUGGCCUUUCUGUGGUGCUGACAUCCCCAGCAGUGUUUGCUUUCACAGCACAGGUAAAUCCUGAGCGGCACUUGGAAGCUGCAGAGAUAUUAGGAGCUGACAUCCGCACUGCCAGAAUCAAAGAUGCGGGGUUGAUUUUGGCAGACACGCUCCGGAAAUUCCUGUUUGAUCUGAAUGUUGAUGAUGGCUUAGCUGCAAUCGGUUAUUCUAAAGCAGACAUCCCUGCAUUAGUCAAAGGCACUCUGCCUCAGGAGAGAGUGACUAAACUGUCACCACGUCCCCAAACAGAAGAAGACUUAUCUGCCCUCUUUGAGGCCUCCAUGAAGCUUUAUUAGCUUAAAUACUACACUCAGAUGUGUGCUCUUUUCUAACACGAAGAUCUAUCUAAAGUAUGCAGAGAAGGAGCAAAUACAGAAUGAAGCAAGGUUGCACACUCAGCGGGAACCACGUAACAGCAAGACAUCAUCCAUCACAGUCAUUUUGUCUGUGUUCCCCUUUCCUGCUGUGUUCUGUGGAAAGAAACUACCAACCGUAUCUUGCUUCUGUGGGAAAGAAUUGCUUCUGCUGAACUUCUGCAGAUGCUGCCAUUCAGAGCACAGCCACCAGCUUGAGGAAGUGGCACUGUGCUGUGGUUCACUAUUAACAAGUGGUGGUGUAGCAUGUGGCUGUGAGUGCCCCGCUGGGAGUGCUGGUUAGAUGUGGGAAUGAGUGUGCGUGUUCAGAGCAGUUAACCAGCUGGUUGGUUGUCAACUGAGAAAGGGAAGUGGGAAAGGAAGAAACAAAACUAAAAUUUUAAUAUUAUAUAUAUAUAUAUAUAUUUAAGUGUACAUGGUUGCAUGUGCAAUUCAUUUAAAUCAGGUUCUGCUUUAUGUUGGACUGUUUCAGCAUCAGAUACAUGCAGUGAGCACAGCACAAGACAAAUGCAAGAACCCCAUAACCACUGGUGUUCUCAUUUCUGCCUGCUAGGAAGGGAGCAGUUCUUCAGUCUGUCUGUUGAGGCUGAAGGCUCUGUACAUACACCUUUUGUGCUUUUGUGUUGAUCUGCUAAUCUUAACACUAACCUGGGAUCUGAAGACAAGUAGAUCCUGGAUGUUGGCAUCAGGUCUGUUUCACUGUUCAGUUAAAGCAGGUGGGUGGCUGCUGAUCCAAGACCACAGGUAUUCACAACAGUAAAAGGGAUUUAGUGGGCAUAGAGACUGCACUGCCAAAAUGCCUUAGCCUGUUCUGGAAAGCAUAUGUACUUUCCAUGUCCUCCAGAAUCUUGUCCUCUGAAAUUGUCCAGAGGAAACUAUCACAAAGGCUGCCUUCGUAAUAAGUGGCAAGGAUUCAUUUUAUUGUAUUCUGUAAAGCUGCUGUAUUUGUACUAUUCUGUACUGAGAAAAUCUGGUCUUUGUCUUUGAACAUGUCUGUAUUGUGCACAUGAACAUGUCAUUUCUGUAGGGGUGGAUGGUGAAAUUUUAGCUGUAAGUGCCCAGUGAUGGCUGGGCAUUUGUGUGACACCUGAGUGACUGAUUCUACGAGGGACUUCUGUUAUGUUGUCGAAGGCCUAUAGGAUACAUCUAUUUUUGCCUUGAGAUGAUACUGGUAAUGGCAAGUAAUGAACACUAUUGUGCUUGCUAUAAACAUGAGAUUAUUUGGAAACA